AUGGGUUUGUUAAUUGUGGCAUUGUCACUAUUUAGUGUCGUUCGUGCUACAUCUUUAUACGAAGUUGGAGACUCCAACGGAUGGACAACAACGGUGGGUCUUGAUUAUUACAAGACAUGGUCUUCUUCAAAGACUUUCUACGUUGGAGAUGUACUCAUCUUUCAAUACAACAAGACUUUCCACAAUGUGAUGGAAGUGAGUUUCCAAGAUUUCGAAUCGUGCAACCCUAAUUCCCCUCUGACCACAUACCACUCUCAGUAUGAACCAGUUAUCCUUAACCGAACCGGUCACUACUAUUUCAUAUGUGGUCUGCCUGGUCACUGCGAAUCUGGUCAAAAACUCGACGUCCUAGUCAUGCCUGCGUCUCUAGAGAAUACUACUCCCAUUAUUCAACCAAACAACGCAUCUUCUUCUAAUCCUAGUCCUAAGCCUUUAGAGGAUCCUCUUGAGGUUCUUCCUGUAGAUGAUGCAACAAUCGCAACACUUCCUUACAAUGCGGGCUCAAGUCUUUGCGUGUGGAGUGGCUUAAGCAUGCUCUCGUCCGUUCUUCUACAAGCCUUAGUUUUUCUUUGA